AUGGAAUGCGGAAACAUGGGUCUGUUCGACCGCGGAGUCCAGAUGCUGCUGACCACGGUGGGAGCCUUCGCGGCCUUCAGCCUCAUGACCAUCGCGGUCGGCACGGACUACUGGCUGUACUCCCGCGGCGUCUGCAAGACCAAGUCCAUCAGCGAGAACGAGACCAGCAAGAAGAACGAGGAGGUGAUGACCCACUCGGGCCUGUGGAGGACGUGCUGCUUGGAAGGAAACUUCAAAGGGAUGUGUAAGCAGAUAGACCACUUUCCUGAGGAGACAGAUUACGAAGCGGACCCAUCUGAGUACUUCUUACGUGCGGUGCGAGCCUCCAGCAUCUUCCCCAUCCUCAGCGUCAUCCUGCUCUUCAUGGGAGGCCUGUGUAUAGCUGCCAGCGAGUUCUACAAGUCACGCCACAACAUCAUCCUCAGCGCAGGGAUCUUCUUUGUGUCUGCAGGCCUGAGCAACAUCAUCGGGAUCAUCGUGUACAUAUCAGCUAACGCGGGGGACCCUUCAAAAAGCGACUCGAAGAAGAACAGCUACUCCUACGGCUGGUCCUUCUACUUCGGCGCCCUCUCCUUCAUCAUGGCUGAGAUGGUGGGCGUCUUGGCCGUGCACAUGUUCAUCGACCGCCAUCGACAGCUCCGAAUAGGGGCGCGUGCAGCCGACUACCUCCAAGGCUCGGCCAUAACGCGGAUCCCCAGCUACCGGUACCGCUACAGACGCCGCUCGCGCUCCUCCUCCCGCUCCACAGACCCAUCACACUCCCGCGACGCCUCGCCGGUGGGCCUCAAGGGCUUCAGCGCGCUGCCGUCCACGGAGAUCUCCAUGUACACGCUGCCCCGGGACACCCUCAAGUCCUCCGGCACGCCCACCGCCACCUACAACUCGGAGAGGGACCACAACUUCCUGCAAGUCCACAACUGCAUCCAGAAGGACCUGAAAGACUCGAGCCACACCAACACAGCGAACCGCCGCACCACGCCGGUAUGAGGGAGUCGACACAGGCCAGGCCGGCCCGGCGUAUAGCGCGGAGACCAGGAGACACGGGAACCGCUGUGGGUGCAGUUCGCCCCUGGAGAAGAUGGAUUUCCAUGUUUAUAGACAUUUGUUCUUUUUGUUCGGCUGCAUGACU